CAAAAUGGUGUUUGUUUACAUUUGUGGUUUGACGAUAAAGAAGGAUUGAAUAACUUUUAAGCUAGCUUUUUUUUAAAUGGUAGAAGUUACUGCGUAAUUAUGGUGAAUACUUGUGUUGUAAGAGGAUGUAAGCAAGAAUCCUAUCCAGGUUGUGGAAUAUCCUUUCAUAGGAUUCCAGUUAAUAAAGAGUGGAGGGCCUUGUGGGUUGAUGCCAUGAACCUUGACACUAAUGUGACAAAAACUGCAUGUGUUUGUAGCUUACAUUUUACUGAUGAUGCGUAUUUAACAGUAGCUAAGAAUAAGUUAAAGCCACAAGCAGUUCCUUCAGUAUUGCCUAAGAUAGUUCCACAAAGCAACAAAAUUACAGUUCUGCGUAUUCAAAAGUUGAAAGGAGUAUCUUUUUUACAUACUUCAUCUUCUAGUCAUAUCACAGUAGUAGGAACUUCUUAUGAACGAAGAGGACCUUCUAGUAAACGGGAUGAUGUAGAAAUUUCUGGUGAACCGCCCAGUAAAAAAAACAAAAAAGAAGAAUCAAGCAAUAAAUAUUAUAUAUGGUACAAUUGCUCGUAG